GUUCGUUGUACAUUUACGAUUGCAGUUACCAGUUAAGAGUAGUGAAAUUGCGCCAAGGGAUUGGUGUUGUGGAAGAAUCGGACGCACGAUGGACGGAGAUCAUGCGGAACUCACUCUGGAUUCCGUUGAUUACGCCGGAUGUAUUUGUGACGAGAUUUCUCUGGAAGGAUUAGACGGGAUAACCAUCGAAGGAUUAUGGAAACGUCUUGCAGCGAGGAAGCCUAAAUUUGGGAUUACCAUCGAUCAUUCUUCGAAGAAGUUCUUAUGGAACAUCAUAAAAAGGAUGAAUUCGAUUUCAUUUUUCUUACUGGAGAAGCCGAGGAAAGAACUGAUCGUGUAUGAUCGUUUCGACCCCUCUGCACUCGAUAGUGAAACCGGGAUGCUAAAGGAGGAAGAUGAUCUGAACGACCUGUAUCCAUUUGAGGUCAUCGAUGAUGCCGACAUACGAGGCUCUUGCGCGUCAUACCACACGCGACGUCCAGCUCCGUGCCUUCAUUCGUCUUCCUUGGACGAAGCUAUGUCCAAGUAUGGAAAUCGUUUGGUCAUAGUUGCCUCUCAAAGAGCGAGAAAUAUCGCCCUUGCUGGAAACCACCCAAUCCCGAUCAAGCUGUCCGCAAUUCAAUACGCGAUGAUGGAAAGAAUCGGAAGAGGUCGGUAUAGCGGAGAAAUAACGCAAGGAAAAAGCGGACUGCUCCAGAAGAUGAACAUUAAUCCGAAGACCAUGUUCCAUCUGCGAAAAUUGUUGCUAAAAAAUAAUCUCGUCGUCAAGCAGGAUUGCUCCAUGAAGAGUAAAGCAACGAAUGUUCUUGGUCGUCUGUUGCAAUUGAAACGGUUUUAUUCGCAAUUCCUCGCGAAGGCAGAGAAAUUCGUUCAUGCCGCUGCAGACCUCUUGAAGACAAAACCGCAGAAGAAGCGAGUUUUGCGACUUCUCUCGAUGCCUUACGCCGACCUUCUGACUCAGCUUGGAUACACUCCUGGUGCCGUCAAGAAAAUGAUCAAAACGAACUCUUUCAAAAAGGCUUUUCGUCUCUCUACACCUUUGUAUCGAGAGGUGUAUCCAGAUGCUGACAAAAAAGAAUUCAUGAGGAAGAGCCAAGCAGCCGAACGGCAAGUGAAAAUUAUAGAAAUGAUUUGCGAUCCAAGUGCUGCCCAAGAUGAACCCGAAGAGGAGGACGAUGAUGACGACGACGAUGAUAAUGGACAGCUUUUGGGCUAUCUUGAUAAGAGCGAUUUUGCUCCCAACCGUCACGUGGAUGAUGUCGUCAUGCUUUACAUUGAGAGCCAGGGUUCCGAUGGCGUUUCCAUAACGGACGUGACUGCCAAAGUGGGGUUGAAUAAGCUUGACACUCGAUCAAUUUUUCGAAAAUUGGUGAAGAAAGGGGAUCUCGUGGCGGUGUCCGUGUUGAGAGGACGUCAAAAGACGAUCAAGUAUGUAUCAAAGUAUCUUGACGGUUUGGGGAUUGAAGAAAGAGAGGGAGAAGUAAAGCAACAUUUGGAAGAAUUGAAUGCAUUACGCGAGUUGAUAGAGAAGCACAAGUUAGAAAUACGGGACAUGCAAUCUGCGCUUGAAAGUUCCAAAACUCAGCACACAAAUCUGCGAAAAUCUAAUGUGGACUAUGACGUAGACCCUAUGUCUGAAGGGAUUCUCAACAUUCGGAUCAAGAAUAUUGAAGAACAAUUCGACAUUGUUUUGGAGCGCAGCGAUGAUCAAAGUUCGAAUUCCAAAAGUCCAAAGUCAAAAGGCGGCGACGACAAAAAGUCUCUUCUCUCUUCGGAUAUGACAUUCACAAAUCUUCGACGAAGUCGAAGAAUUCUGGAGUAUAUCCAACAAAGAAAAUUAGUCCCUGUAUAUUACAUUCAAAAAUGGCUACGGAGCGAGGAGCUGCAAGAAGGUCUAGAACAACUCGUUGACCGGAAGUCGAUUUUAACUCUGUUGCGUAAGAUGGAACACGAAGGAUUGGUUCGGUGCAUCAAAACAACUUACGAAUGGCUGUCCAAUUCGCGAGAUUGUUUGCUGAUCGCUCAUUCCGGCUUUCCUACUGACGCCAUAUCAAUCGAGGACAAAUUGAACACGGACGAUCUUACGCUCAUCCGAGGGGGCGAUAGUUUCGUAACGAUACCUGAGGGCCUCACUGAGUUCUGGAAUACAAAAAACUUGAUCAAAGACGUCAGAAUUUCAGAGCUUCACAAAGAUGAAGCUCAAGCAAAUGAUACACCUCGCGGGCCCGGGAAAAUGUUCACUGGAUCCGUUCCGAAAUUUCAACGGCAAUUUCUCUUCCACCAGAUGGCAUUUUACAUUACUCGGGGUUACGAUGGUGAUCCAAACCUGGACCAGAAGCGUGCUUGGGCGGCCGUCAACGAAGAAAUUUGUCUUCAUCAUGGUCCUCACUUCGCGUUGUCAGAGGACGAAAUUCGAGCGCUUCCGCGUUUGUAUCGCAGUGAAAUUUCAUGGAAUAUGUUCAUACCACCCCUUCGAUUGCACCCAGCCUGGUUGACUCAAGAUGGAGAAUCCGUCCCAGAUGGGUGGUUCAUGCUGUGCGAGUUCAUCUAUCGAUUACCCAUGAAUCGAUGCAUUUUCCUGUUGAAAGCGCGUAAGCCGCUUUAUGCCAGCGAUUAUUUUGACCAUCCGGUCAAGAAAUUUAUUCCAGUGCUAUUUGCCGAGGAUAUCAUCCGAAAUCACCUGUUGCAAGGCAGAUACAACAUUGCUCAAUUGGUUGAAUGUGCGUCAUUGGCAGUCAUGAUGGGGUUACUGCUACCGGGAAAGCGGUUGACGAAACACUCCGAGACGAUGUUCUUUUACGUGAACACAAACAUCACACUGACGGACACCCGCCUUGCGAAGGAAUGCUACAAUCAAAUUCAUCAGACCGAAGGCUUGGCUCGUCGCUCUUUCAACCUGACGAACCUUGAGGCGUUAAAUCAAAUGUGGCAAGUGCUGCAUUUGUUUUGUGUUGGAACAAAAAUGGGUUCUUACAAUGCGAGAGAUGACGAAAGUGGAAGUGUACUCCGGUUCCAAAAAUCCACAAGUGGAGCUGAAACCUGGAAGCCGGUCGAUUUCUUGGAGGCAGCUAACCGGGAUAAUGGUUCUAUUCCGGGAAAUGGCAAAGGAGCCGCCGGAUUUGAUUCAAUGCUUUUUUCACAUCGGCUUCCUUCGUGGUUUACCACCGAUGAGAAAGAAAAAGUUGUUGAGGAUUGUACAGUCAUGUUCAUUGGUUCGUGUCAUGAUAUUGAAGGCCUGGAUAUGGAAGAGGAAGCAUUGGAAGCAGUCGCGCCGCAAAAUCUUCAACGGCGCGGGCGCAAGCGACUUGGGGAUAUGAAGAAUUUCGCCAGCGAGCGUAAAAGGAGUCGAUUAAACGCUAGAAAAGGGCUCGCCAUCGUCGCACUCGAUCAGGAUGACUCUGAUGAGGACCACGCAUCACCGAGAACUUCUGUGCGAGUGAGAUCAUUCGGGGGGAAGAACAGUGUAAUUGGAUUCGAGGAUGACAUGGACCGUAAAACGAAGGAACGCAAUAUUCGUCUCCGGGCGAAGUGGUCCAGGGAGGAAAGCGAGAUCAUGACCAUGUGCCGUGCUGCGAUAAUUUUCACGACCCAGAAGCUCUCGAAGCGAGUUUCGGAUAAAUGCUUGAAUGCAGUUACUAUUCGGGAUUUGUUGCACAUAUAUCUCCCGGAUCCAUUUCCCACGUCAGAUGACAGCGACGAAACCGCGGCCUCUGCUGUUGAUCGAUCAUUGAAACCACUUGUAGAGCUCUUGCGGAAAGAGUUCUCGGCAAAGAGGAAGCUUCCAGCUGCCCUUAAUGAAAUUUUCAGCACUCUACCGUCUUCUUUGGAAGAUUUGAACAAGAUGUUUAUUGUGAGGGAUCUGUCUGCCAACGAAUCUGACCUAUCGACCUGGAGAAUUCAGAGUGUCGAUGACGUACAAGCCACCGUUAUAUCUGGCAUUCUCAUGAGUUCCAUGUGCUGUCGUGGCGAUAAGAACAGUUGGGGAAUGCAGCUGUUCAAAGCCUUCUCUGAAUUUAGCCUCGACCUUCUGCGGAGAGUUGUUAAAAAGUUUCAGUUGGCUAAAAUCAGCGCCCGAGUGAAAUCGAAGCAGCGGCUUGGGAGAAUUUUGAGCUUGAAGCAAUUGCCGACAGCUGCCUCAUCGUAUCGCUUAUCGACCAGAUUCAAUGAUAAAAUUAAGUGUGGAGGAUUUCGCUAUGAAACGUUCGCUGAAAUCGAUGAUGCCUUGAUUACCUUGCUGAGAUCCGUCGGUGUGGAGGCCCGUGGACUUGAAGUAACUUCUUUCAAUCACGGUGGAUUGACGUGUGUGAUCAUGUCGUUCACUAGUUCUGGUCAACUAUCCAUGAUUGCGGAGCUUCCGCUCAAAGAUAUGCUGACGUUCACAAGACCCGACCUGAAGAUUGAUCGACAGGAUGAGGAAGACGACGAUCCUGAUCUUUUAAGCUUUGAUCCGUUACGAGGCAUUACAUCAAAGAACCAUUCAUCUCCAAAGCCAGGCCUGAUUGUAGAAUCAAGUCCGUCAAAAUCCAUCCAACGACGCGUGAGUCAUCGGCAGCGAUAUCAAGCUGGAAAAUCAGAUCCAGAGACACCAGCAUUGGAGGAAUGUCGUAGUAAGGCUGUAGUGAAGGUGCAGACGAGCAAGUUAUUUUUAAAAUUGAAUUGCGUUCCCGCCGAAGUGGAUAUAGACUUGGAGUGUCCACGGAACAAUUACGAUUUAUUUUUACCACACGCUGCGCGACAAUCUGUGCUGAAACACCAUCAAUCAUACAUCGAAAGAGUGGAAAAGAUAACCCUGGAUGACCUAAUAACCAGCAGCAAGCGAGAAAAUAUUUCGGAUGAAGAUUGCGAUUGCAUGAGGACUGUUUUCAAUUACAUCGAAGAAGCUGGUACUCUCGGAUUAACGAUCAACGAAAUGAAAAAAAAGCUGAAGUACGAAAUUCUGCCUGGAGAUCGCCUGCGUCUCGGUGAAAUGCUCAGAAUGCUUGUAGCAGCGCAACUGAUUUGGGCAGUUGGAUCCCGUGAUAUCGUGUAUGUUGCUGAAUCUCAUGUUAAGCCGUGGCUCGUUCGCGGUCUUCGUUUUACGAGGAAGACAAGGGAGAAUUGCAUGUCGGCCAUUGAAAAAUUCAAAAGCAUGGCCAGUGCCGCGAAGUCGGCCGAAAAUGAUGAAGUUAGUCAAGGAGCGUCCGGUGUGCUGGCUGCCGCUACGAAUUUGGAAAGCAUUGCUUCGGAAGUGGAAAAGGGUUCACAAAAGAUCCACUUUCAAAUUUUCCCGUGGAUCCACAUUGACGGUUCGCAGAAUCGGCGGGUUCUUGACAGAUUAUUAGGAGCUGUUCUUGGCCAUCUCCUGGCACAACCAGGGCAGUCAGCGCGAAAUAUUGCGAAUUAUUACGAGCCUUAUUUGAGUUCAAGAACUACGUUCGAACUGUUGAAAAUGUUGGACAGUCUGGGAUGCGUUCAAACUAUCGUAAUGUCGCCGGAGAAUUCGAAUUCCACGGUGUUCGAUGAUAUCGAUGCCGGAAAAUGGGUGCUUGAUUCCAUCGUCGAGGACUCAGAUGUGGCAGAUGUUGUGUACGAACCCACUAUUGAUGCGGUCAUCAAAUUCGCCGCAUUCGUUUCUGUAAAAGAAGUGGAGUCCAUAUAUGCGAGGAAGAAAACCCAGACGAGACGAGGAAUGUCGGUUAAGGAGGGCCAGCUGCACCCGGAACAAGCAGUUCACCCACCAGGUGGCUCGAGCAGCAGUUUCCGGUUAGUAGUGUGA